UUCAUCACUAGAUGAACGAAUAACUCUAUUCUCUAUCUCCUCCAUUGUCGACUCUCUAAUCUCCCCUCCCCUCUAAAACCCUGAAUUUGGGAAAAAGGGAAACACUUUCUCUCUCUUUCGAUGAAAAAUCGCAGAAACCCUAACCCUAACACCAAUUUCCUUUUCCAAUUCAAUUGAUUUCCCUUCAAUUCACAAAAAAUGGAGAACGAGGUCAUCAAUUUCGACAUAGAAUUAGGACCUGGAGCUACAAUUUCCGAUGACGCCAUUGAAAUUGACGAAGCAGAACUCACAGAAACUCCAUUCUUCAACAUAACAACAACAACAUCCGCAAUUGAAGUAGGAAAUGUGGAAUUCCUAGACUUAGAACCCUACGACGGGAUGGAAUUCGAGUCAGAAGAAGCCGCAAAAUCAUUCUACAAUUCAUACGCUCGAAGAAUCGGAUUCAGCACACGAGUGAGCUCGUCGCGUCGUUCUCGAAGAGACGGCGCAAUCAUUCAACGUUCCUUCGUUUGUGCCAAAGAAGGGUUUCGUAAUUUGAACGAAAAGAGGACGAAGGAUAGGGAGAUUAAACGUCCUAGGGUAAUCACUAGAGUUGGGUGUAAGGCUAUGUUGUCUGUUAAAAUUCAAGAGUCUGGAAAAUGGGUUGUUAGUGGGUUUAUUAAAGAGCAUAAUCAUGAGCUUGUUCCUCCAGAUCAAGUACAUUGUCUUCGUUCGCAUCGGCAGAUUGCCGGGCCGGCGAAGACUUUGAUUGAUACAUUACAAGCUGCUGGGUUGGGACCAAGAAGGAUCAUGUCUGCUUUGAUUAAGGAGUAUGGUGGGAUUAGUAGAGUGGGGUUUACUGAAGUUGAUUGUAGGAAUUAUAUGAGGAAUAAUAAGUUGAGGACAAUGGAGGGUGAUUUUCAGCUUCUUGUUGAUUAUUUGAAGCAAAUGAGGAUCGAAAGUUCGGAGUUUUAUUUCGCGGUUCAAGGUGGGGAAUGUUGUUCUACAGGUAAUGUAUUCUGGGCUGAUGGUAGAGCUAGGAUGAAUUAUAGUUAUUAUGGUGAUACUGUUACUUUUGAUACUACUUUUAGGUCUAAUAGAUAUAGAUUGCCUUUCGCGCCUUUUACUGGAGUUAAUCAUCAUGGACAACCUGUGUUGUUUGGGUGUGCUUUUUUGAUUAAUGAGUCUGAGUCUUCGUUUGUUUGGUUGUUUAAUACGUGGUUGGAAGCUAUGUCGGGGAAGCAUCCCUUGUCAAUAACUACUGAUUAUGAUGCUACUAUUAGGUCGGCUGUUAUGCAGGUUUUCCCUGAUACAAGACACCGGUUUUGCAAAUGGCAUAUCUUUAAGACGUGCCAAGAGAAGCUGUCUCAUGUUCUUCUUGAGCAUCCGGGUUUUGAGGCGGAUUUUCAUAAGUGUGUUAACUUGCCUGAGUCAGCUGAUGAGUUUGAGUCUUGUUGGUUGUUGCUUUUAGAUAGGUAUGUUCUCAGGGAUAAUGAGUGGCUUCAGUCGAUUUAUUCUGCCAGGAGGCAGUGGGUUCCUGUGUAUUUACGGGAUGCAUUUUUUGCUGAGAUGUCAAUUACGCAACGUAGUGAUAGUAUGAACUCGUACUUUGAUGGGUAUGUGAAUGCAUCCACUAGUCUUAGUCAGUUCUUUAAGCUCUAUGAAAAGGCUCUAGAGAGUAGAAAUGAGAAAGAAGUUAAAGCUGAUUUCGAGACUAUGAGUAUUCCUCCUAUCCUCAAGACCCCUUCUCCAAUGGAGAAACAGGCUUCUGUUCUUUACACAAGAAAAAUAUUUUCGAGGUUCCAGGAGGAGUUGGUGGGGACUUUAACUUUCAUGGCAGCAAAGGGAGAGGAUGAUGGGGAGGUUAUCACAUAUCAUGUGGCAAAAUAUGGGGAGGAUCAUAAGACGUUCCGUGUGAGAUUUAAUGUUUUAGAUAUGAAAGCAACUUGUAGUUGUCAAAUGUUUGAGUUCUCAGGGCUUCUAUGCAGACAUGUAUUGGCUGUGUUUAGAGUAACUAAUAUUCUUACACUCCCCUCUCAUUACAUUCUGAGGAGAUGGACAAGAAAUGCCAAGAGUAGUGUUUUAUUGGAUGAUCAGCAGGGAAGUACUGCAACUACCUAUCUAGAGUCACAUACUGUCCGUUAUUACACCCUACGUCAGGAAGCUUUUAAAUUUGUUGAUGAAGGGGCUAGUAGUUCAGAGACAUAUGAUGUUGCAAUGGCAGCUUUACAAGAAGCUGCUGAAACGGUUGCACAGGCUGCAAAGAAUGUGGGAAGAAGCUCUAUGGCUAAUGGGCGUGUUAAGGACUCAAUAAGAGAUGGAGGCUUAGGGAGCAAAAUCAGCCGGAAUGAUGAUACGAGCCCCCAUGAGCAAGUGUCCGAGGAUUACAUGGACCAGAAAAUCAAAGAACUUAGUGAGGAGCUAGAAUCGAGUAACCGAAAGUGUGAACUUUAUCGAGCCAACUUGCUCUUGGUUUUGAAGGACAUUGAGGAUCAUAAACAGCAACUUGCAGUGAAAGUUCAUAGUCUGAAGCUUAGCCUGAAAGAUGCCAUUUAAAGGUGCUAUGCAAUUGCCUUUACUCCAUGUAUAUUAGCAGAGAUGUAUUCUUAUAGCUCAAUUGGUCCCCGAAUUCGUUUUCUUUUCUUCAUUAGACAUUGUACAUUGUGUGUAUAGUAAAGAAAUAGAGCUAUGUAGCCUUUCACAUACGUUGUGAGUGUCCAACAUCAAAUAUUUGUAAUUAACAAAUUACACCAGUAAACCCGUCCUCCAAUCCCCCACUCUGAUAUUCUCUUGUGUUACUUCAAUGGCUUAGUUAUCAAUUUAUCUUUGCGUUGGAACGUUCUUUUCAUCAAUUUAUUAUCACAUUCUAUCCUCA